AUGUCGUCAGACAGACAGGAAGCCAAACAGACAGGAGACGAGGAGCCAGACAGACAGGAAGCCAGACACACAGGGUUCCAAGCGGACAGGGAGUCAAACAAGGAGUCGAAAAGUGGGCUAGACAGGGAGCUAGACAGGUUGUCAGAGAGACGGGGAGGCAGACAGACAGGGAGCCAUAGACAGGGUGACAGACGGUGGGCCAUACAGACAGGGACCGAGACAGGCAGUGAGUCAACAGACAGGGAGCCAGACAGACAGGGAGCCAGACAGGCAGGGUGUCAGAAAGACAGGGAAUCAGCCAGACAGGGUGCCAGGCAGACAGGGAAUCAGUCAGACAGGGAAACAGACAGACAGGGAGUUAGACAAACAGGUAGGGAGACAGACAUGAAGCCAGACAGACAUGAUGCCAGGCAGACAGACAAGGAGCCGAACGGCACCAGACAGACAGGGAGCCAGACAGACAGGUUUCCAAGCAGACAGGGAGCCAGACAGACAGGGUGCCAGACAGACGGGGAGCCAUACAGACAGGGAACAGACAGGGAUUCGGACAGACAGGGAAUCAGACAGGAUUGUAGACAGACAGGGUUGCAGACAAACAGGGAAGCAGUCAGGGAAGCAGACAGAUAUGGAAACAGACAGAUAGGGUUGCACACAGAUACGGAAGCAGACAGGGAAGCAGACAGAUAUGGAAGCAGGCAGACAUCGAAGCAGACAGACAGGGUGGUGGACAGACAGGGAAGCAGAUAG